GUUUCGCAAGCGUUCCUGGAAGUCUGGCAAUGUUGAUGUGGCUACACUCUUCCUCAUCAGUUUUGAUGAAAGAAAAACGAAACUUAGUGAAAAAGACCAAAGCAACGACAGUAAAUACAGUAUCACAGUUUAUAAAUGGAGGACCCCCCCCGCCUCGAGUGUCAUGGGUGUAAUUCACACACACAAUUGAUUGUUUAAAGGGGAUUAGCCAUAUAUGGAUAAUGAAUAUAUGAUACACAUGGAAACAUGAUAUAUGGCUGUUUUGGCCUAAAGCUCCGUAGGCAUUAAAAUCAACCCGGUAGUUGCGGUGACUCCGUAUGGUGGCCUUCAUUAGCAAAACCGGGCAAUUAUGGUUCUCCGCAAUCAAUGGAGGAAUCAGGCUUCAUGUGAUCCGGACUAAAGCGGAUUAGACCAGAAUAUUUGUUUUCGGUCAUCCAGGUUCAAAUUGUGAGAAGCAGUCUCCUAAUAUUUUUGAAUGAUUUAUGCGCUCAAAUAUAUCUAUUUCGUCCUGCAGAAUGAGUAUGGUAAUGCUGCACGUUGUUGAUUAGAAAUACAUCCAUAUUUGUCCAAGAUAGCAUCAGAGCAUUUUGGUUUGAGUUGACACUACUACAACAAGGUAAAUAACCCUGUUAUUGAGAUAUAAUUGCGACACUGUCGGAUAUUCUUUGAAAAUUGGACACAAGCAAUGGAAAGAAGCUGUACAGAAAAUUGUAAAGGUGCGUGACUUUUUUGAAACACUGAUUUUUCUUUCACCACCUGGGCAGUGUUUGGCCUACGUUUUUAAAACACUGCUUGCGAUCAUUGCUUUAAAUACAACGUGUAUAGGGUGGAACUUUCCGAGUUUUCUAGUGCCGACCUGAAUGCAACAUUAUAUAGUUGAGUCUGCUAUGCAUCUGCAUUCCGGUGCCAUCCUCGUGAGCCUUUAUCCUGCAGCUCAUAUUUAGUUUAGGCUAUGUGCAAUUGUUUAAAGUCUACAAUUAAUUUGACGUGUCCCAUAUGUUCGCCAACACAAAGGCUUACUACUAAUGAAUAUUCUUAAAUUUAGUAUACAUUCAGUCCUAUGAUGAAAUGUCUUUGGAACAGCAAAUACCCAAUGUGUUGGUAGAUCUUAGUAGUGUUUUAAUGUGAGUAUAAUUAUUUAUCUCUCGCAGAUCCCCUUUCUAUCAAUUUCUUAUUUACGCCUUUUGGCUCCACCCCUGCAACUUCUGUCAGCUGCUAUGUGGCAAGUUGUGCAGAAAGGACUUGUCAUGCAUUAUGGGAUGCUGGAGGAGUUUGUCACCUCGGUGACAGAGAUGGUUCCAGAGCUGCUGAGUUACCGGCAGAGGGCCCAACUCAUCCUGGGACUGAGAGCCAGGCUGGUUCUGGAGUUGUGUCGUGGUGAUCCCCAAGUCAACCCUGAGAUCAUCCAGCCCCACCUGGACAGAAUCAAAGCUUCCAUCACUACACCCAGGGACCACUGUGUGGUGUCAUGGCUUGAUGGGGCCUCCUCAGUUCUGGAUGAGUGUUUGCAAUCUGCGACUCCGCCAGAGGAGACGAAGGCUUUAAUUGAACAUCACAGAAAUCUUGGACACAUUGAUGUAAAAGACACUUGGUCUUUACCUAUGGACGACUGCAUCCUCUCCUCUCUGUCCUUCCCUCCAUUCAUGAAACUGGGGACUACUGCUGACAAACAUACUCAAAUACACUCUGAUCGCCUGCAAGAGGCCACACCAAUCUCAAACCAUCCAAAUAAAGAAGAGAUUAUUGAGAUUCCCAUUGGCCAAUCAAAUCUGGGGACUGGUAAGAGGAGGAUAUCUGAGAGAACAAGACAGAAGCGAAAUGAACAGAGGGACAGAAUUGAAACAGAUGAAAUUGUGAAGGAGGGAACGUCAUUUUCAGCCAAUGAGAGUAGGAGAGGGCAGACUCUGUCCUGGAAGAGGAAAAUGAGCAACAGUUCAGAGGUUCCCCAGAAACGGCAAGCAGAUUCACCUCUGUUUCAGGAUUCUCCAGUGAAUAUCGAAUAUUCUAGUGAAUCUCCUCUCAUCUCGAUAUGGGGGGAAUACACAGAGUGGAGUGUAAAUAUUUUGACCAGCUCGAGCGAAUACUUGGGAACGUGUCCCUCUUAAUGGUUCCUGAGGUCACCUAUGAUGUUGAAGAGGUGACAGAUGACCAUCUAGAAGACACUGAUGAUUGGGAGUUCCCUGGCCACUCUGGUCUAGAAGAGAUGGGUAUGGUCCGAUUGUGCCUUUCUGGGUAAAUCACAUAAUAUUGGCUCUUGGGAAAGUGACUAAUGUGUGUUUGCAUGCAGCAUGUUGCCCACAACCUUACAAAGAGGUCAAACUGCUUGAAUGUUAAUACAGCUGAUUUUACAUUUGGAAUGUGCAAUGUGAUUCAUCUAAAUCAGGG